UCAGUUUUUCAAAGUCGGUUCGUUGGUGCAGUUCUACAAACAAAAUCUUCUACUCUUCUGUUUGGGAACAAAAUUCUUCUACCCAAAAUAAACUCUAUUCUUCAAUUAAAAUUCUCAUCAAAAGUCUAUACUUUGUCUAGACUUGUAAAAACCUUUUUUUUAUUAUUGUUUCACAUCUUUAAUAUUUUAUUUGUUCAUACAUUUUAAAAAAAUGGCGUCUAUGCUAUCAAAUAAUUUUGUACGAAUCAAUCGUUCUGGUAUUUCGGCGCUACAAAAAUUUAGUAAUAAUUACUUUACCUACACCAAUGAGUUGGCUCAUCCGCUGGACAGGAAGGCACCAAUUGUUUCAGCUAAAGAAGCAGUUGCAUGCGUUAAACCAGGUAACCUAGUCUUUUGCAGUGGUGCAGCUGCAACUCCAAAUGCUCUCAUCUCUGCAAUGGUUGAAAAUGCCUCCAACCUUAAAGAUGUAACCGUCUGCCAUAUGCAUACCGAAGGACCAGCUGGCUAUGCUCAGCCCGAGAAUGCUGAUAUUUUCCGUUCAGCUUCGUUUUUCAUGGGCGGCAAUGUUCGCAAAGCUGUCGCAGAAGGACGUGGCGAUAAUAUGUCCAUUUUCCUACAAGAUAUUCCUCAACUAUUCUUUAGGAAGAUCUAUCAACCUGAUGUUGCCUUUGUUCAUGUUUCACCACCAGAUCAGCAUGGUUACUGUUCCCUGGGUACUAGUGUGGAUUGUGUUCGAGCUGCAUUACAGCACUCGAAAAUUAUCGUAGCACAAAUGAACAAAAAAAUGCCCAGAACUUUUGGUGACUCGAUUGUCCAUUCAUCGCAUUUUGAUUUUGCCGUAGAAAUUGACGAACCUUUGCCAGCUCACGGUGGCAAAGCACCAACAGAUGUUGAAACUAAAAUUGGCAAAAUUAUUGCCGAGAAUUUAGUUGAAGAUGGAGCAACACUGCAAAUGGGUAUUGGAAGCAUUCCAGAUGCUGUCCUCAAUGCUCUACACAAUCACAAAGACUUGGGUAUUCAUUCGGAAAUGUUUGCCAACGGUGUUGUUGAUUUGGUAGCCAAGGGUUGUGUUACCAAUUCGCAAAAGACAACACAUAAGGGUAGAAUUGUGGGAUCAUUUUUGAUUGGCGAUCAAAAAUUGUACGAUUUUGUGGAUAACAAUCCAUUUAUCGAAAUGCUGACAAUUGACUAUGUCAACAGCACCAGCGUUAUUCGUCAACUACCAAAGAUGACUGCCAUUAAUUCCUGCAUUGAAGUCGAUUUAACUGGACAGGUUUGCUCUGAUUCAAUCGGAACCCGCUUCUUCUCUGGGUUUGGUGGCCAAGUGGAUUUCAUUCGAGGUGCCGCCGAAGGUACAGAUGGACGGGGUAAACCAAUUAUUGCAAUGCCAUCGACAACAAACAAGGGAGAGAGCAAAAUCACACCUAUGUUGAAGCCAGGUGCUGGUGUUGUAACAUCCCGUGCUCAUGUUCAUUAUGUUGUCACUGAAUUUGGUAUUGCAUCGUUGUUUGGAAAGACAAUGCGCCAAAGGGCGCAUGCACUCAUUCAAAUCGCACAUCCCGAUCACCGUCAAAAUUUAGAGAAAGCUGCAUUUGAACGAUUGAAGCAAAUGCCAUCGCCUUAAAUUCUCUUAAAAAAAAAAUAAUUUUAUUUUUUGAUAAAUAUUUUGUUUUCCAUUUUAUAAGCUUUGGCACGCGUAACGUUUUUUCCCAAAGUUUUUUGUGUAUUUUGUAAAAAAAAAUUAGGUUUUUAUUUUUGCAUUUGUACAGACGACAUCGUGAUAAGGAUUGAUAAUUAUAAAAAAAAAUAGUAACAAAAAGCAUCUCGUUUUGCUGGAUAGAAAAAAAAAAUAUUAUAUUAAUAGGAAAAAUUAUGUAUCGUAAAGAUAUGUAAAUUAAAUUUUAUUCAGCAACUAGCACAUAAAUAAAUAAAGCGAUGUUUUUUUUAAAUAAUUUCGUUUGCAUAGAAAUUGAAAUUGUUAUAUAUUUUCUGCAAAGAAAAUUUAAUUUCUCUUUAAGUUAACAAAAAUAAAAUAAUAAUGAUCGAAA